GGGCGUGGCGCCAGCGGACCGGCGUGCCGGGACGCCGUGGUUCUAGCGUAGGGUGACUACGGUGCAGAUGGCGGAAAUGGACCUGGAGGCUGAGUUGCCGCGUCCGGCUGGUGCUGCGCGCUGGGCCGAGGUUAUGGCUCGCUUUGCGGCCAGACUGGGCGAGCAGGGCCGGCGGGUGGUGCUAAUCACAUCUGGAGGCACCAAGGUCCCCCUGGAAGCGCGAGCCGUGCGCUUUCUGGACAACUUCAGCAGCGGGCGACGCGGGGCAACGUCGGCGGAGGUCUUCCUGGCUGCGGGCUAUGGGGUCCUGUUCUUGUACCGAGCGCGCUCGGCCUUCCCCUAUGCCCACCGCUUUCCGCCCCAGGCCUGGCUGUCAGCCCUUCGGCCUUGUGGCCCAGUCCAGUCGGGCAAGCUGAGUCUAGAGGCCGAAGAGAAUGCACUCCCGGGCUUUGCUGCAGCGUUGCAGAGCUACCAAGAGGCAGCUGCUGCCGGCACCUUCCUGGCUGUAGAAUUUACCACUUUGGCGGAUUACCUGCAUCUGCUGCAGGCUGCGGCCCUGGCUCUCAGUCCAUUAGGCUCUUCUGCGAUGUUUUACCUGGCCGCGGCAGUGUCAGAUUUCUAUAUUCCUGUCUCCGAAAUGCCUGAACACAAGAUCCACUCAUCUGGUGGCCCACUGCAGAUAACAUUGAAGAUGGUGCCAAAGAUGCUUUCCCCUCUGGUUAAAGAUUGGGCUCCCAAAGCAUUUAUAGUUUCGUUUAAGCUGGAGACAGACCCGGACAUCAUAAUCAGUCGGGCUCGGAAUGCUUUGGAAGUUUACCAGCAUCAAGUAGUGGUGGCGAAUAUCCUGGAGUCAAUAAAAUCCUUUGUGAUUAUUGUAACCAAAGACUCAGAGACAAAGUUACUGCUGUCUGAGGACGAGGUAGCAAAAGGCAUGGUGAUAGAAGAGAAGAUAGUAGAGGACCUUCGGUCUCGACACACAGCUUUUAUAUGUGACAAAAACUGAAGGAAAUGCUCCUCUAGGAUCAAAAACCAGGGUUCUUACCACUGAUAGGAGCUAAGAUUAAUCCUCUGUUAAGGAUAAACACAAUGAAAAAUAAUAAAAGUGGUGUGCAGGCAAAUGCCUGUUGGGAUUUCAGUUCUGUGAGUGAAACACUUGACACUCACCUUGACCUGGAAAGUGAACAAGAAUUCACAAAGAUGGCUGGGAUUCCGUGUUCUGCAGAGCAGAUUGGACUGGAGCUGCUGUAUGCCCACCUGCUGUACAAUGGAAGGGUUGUGGUGCAUGAAUGGCCAUGCUCUGAAUUUAUUUAUCAAGUGCCUACCAUGUGCCAGGGUCUUUGUGAGCUUUGAGGGUCUGAAGGAUGAAUGAGCAUAUCUUAUUCAGGAACCGGAUGUACAAAAAUUUAUGUGCAAUAAAGUUUGUGCCCACAAAGGGAUACUUGGGAAA